UAGUUAAUCAUUUCUUGUCCCACAAGCCACGACACAUCCACACUGGCAGACAGUAGCUAGCUGCAGCUCAUUGCUAUAGAAACUUAUCCUUUCAAGAAGACCAGCCAUGUUAUGUGGGGUAUCCUUAGUUGUGCUCCUGGCUCUAUUGGGUUUGGGGAGUCAGGGUUUGGAUAAUCCCUUGGCGGACCCCCAUCCUGACCUACCAGCGGACAAGGACUUGUUCUGGGGAGCGGACCAGUAUGACUUUGCUGUCGUGCUGCGUGCCUCCGGACUGGAGUGCUUCUGGCACUUUGCACACCAAGGGGAGCGCUUCUACUUUACUUUUAUGGUCCAGUGGGUGACUGGUGUUGGCAAUGACAGACACUUAUCCGUCACUGUCAACUCUCCUAAAGGCUUGCUGUUGUCCAAAAUUGACGAAGCUACGGGUCAAAUCAACUUUAUAGCUGAAGAGACCGGUUUCUAUCAAAUGUGCUUGAGCAACUUCCACAACCGAUUUGGCAGCAUGCAGGUCUUCCUCAACUUUGGGGUGUACUAUGACGGUUCUGAUGACCAACAGAAACAGAAGGAGGAGGAGAAGAAGAUGAAGGAGGAAAUCCAAAAAGAUCUGAACAACACUCUGUCCACCAUAGUGGAGACUUCCCAUCGCGUGGAGGGCUACGUCUUCCACAUGUUUCGACAUUAUAACUUUGGCCGCAUGAGGAGAGGCACCGACUACUACCUCCUCCUCUCCAACUCCAAAUACAUCACCUGGUGGUCUGCGGUCCAGAGUGUGGUCAUUGUCAUGGCGGGCUACCUGCAGCUCUUUUUCCUCAAGAGGCUCUUCAACACCAAGCCCACUACAGAGGCACCAGAGAAACCUCGCUGCUGAGUCCCUGGAUGGUUUUACUAUUCAGUGCCCUCAUGCGCCCUGGUUGGGAUGAAUUCCCUUUUAAUUCAGUCAACCAGUAACAACUCUGUCAACAACAAUUCAGUCAACAAGUGAAUUAAGGAUUCAAUCCGAUCGCCCCGUUUUGGCUAUGUACCUUUUAAAGGCAAUGUUCCUGUAUUUGCGGAGACCGCAUUCAUGGUAAAUGCUGCAUAUGUUGGCUCAAUCUGUAAUGACCUUUGAACUUCAAGUGCGCUAUUAUGCGGAUCUACCGCUGAUCGGAUAAAAUCCUGGCAUUAAAUUCCAUUUCAUCCUGAAUUGACUGAAUUAAUAUCGAAUUGACCCCGACCCUGUUGCUAAUGUUAGUGUUACUAAUGGAAACUGCUCCCUAUAUAUCUAUGUUGGAAUUGAUUAAAGUCUCACACAUUUGACAAAUGUCAUUACACUGCAUAUAUUUGGUGUGGAU